CAGAUGGGCGGGGGGCGGAGCCAGGGCCGGCGGAGUUUGCGCGAUACGAAUCCGAUCACACUGGGGCGAGUGUUUUGCUUUGAGCCGAGCAGCUCGCUGUGGGUAAAAUGGCUGUACGGACGGAGCAGGGGAUCCCUCUGAGCGCGCUCUGCCCGAAGUUCUUGCACACCAAUUCCACCAGUCACACCUGGCCUUUCAGCGCUAUCGCUGAAUUAAUAGAUAAUGCCUAUGAUCCAGAUGUGAAUGCCAAGCAGUUCUGGAUUGACAAGACUCUGAUCAAGGAAAUGGAAUGUUUGACGUUCACGGACAAUGGAAACGGAAUGAGCCAUGACACAAUUCAUAAAAUGCUGAGUUUUGGCUUCAGCGACAAGCAGGCAAUAAACGGACACGUCCCAGUUGGGAUGUAUGGAAAUGGGUUUAAGUCGGGAUCGAUGCGCCUGGGCAAAGAUGCCCUUGUGUUCACCAAGAAUGGCAAAACGAUGAGCAUCGGCCUUCUGUCGCAGACCUUCUUGGAGGCCACCAAGGCCGAGAACAUCGUUGUUCCGAUCGUGACCUUCUGUCAGAAUAGACGCCUGGUGACCCAGGACUCCAGGGCCAGCCUGGACGCCAUUCUCCAACACUCCCUUUUCAGAACCGAGAGGGAGCUCACGGCGGAGCUUGACGCCGUCAUGGGAAAGCACGGAACAAGAAUCAUCAUCUGGAACUUAAGGAAGAUGUCCAAUGGGAAGAUGGAGUUUGAUUUUGACACGGAUAAGUACGAUAUCCGGAUUCCUGCGGACGUGUUGGACAAUUCCAGUGAGAAGUAUAAAAAACAGGAGCGACACGAGCAGUCGGUGCCAGAGAGUGACUACUCGUUACGGGCAUAUUGCAGUAUUUUAUACCUUAAACCUCGAAUGCUGGUCAUUCUGAGAGGACAAAAAGUGAAAACACAGCUCAUCUCCAAAAGUCUUGCAUUCAUUGCAAAAGACAACUACAAACCAUCCUUUCUGAAUAAUAAAAGUGUCCGGAUCACUUUUGGAUACAACACAAAGAGCAAGGAGCAGUACGGAAUACUGAUGUACCACAAAAACCGACUCAUUAAAGCGUACGAGAGAGUGGGCUGCCAGCUCAAGGCAAACAACAUGGGCGUGGGGGUAGUUGGAGUGAUUGAGUGCAACUUUCUGAAGCCUACUCACAAUAAACAAGAUUUUGACUACACUGAUGAAUACAGGAAAACAAUCUAUAAUUUGGGCAUAAAACUAGCAGAGUAUUGGAAUGAAAUACGAUACAAACGCACUAAAGAUGAUCCUAACAAUACUGUGCCAGUUGAAGACACAGAGAAGCGGCCGGAUCAGAACUGGGUGCAGUGCGACGAGUGUCUGAAGUGGAGGAAGCUUCCAGAUGGCAUCAACCCUGCCAGCCUCCCCGAUAAGUGGUACUGCCGGAUGAACCCCGAUACACAGUUCAGGAGCUGCCAAGUUGAAGAAGAGCCGGAGGAUGAUGAUGCCCAACCCACUUAUGACAAAACCUACAAGCGACAGGAGAGGUAUAAUAAGAUGAGACAAGAGAAAUCUAAACAGCAGCAGCAGGAAGAGGAGAAGAGAAAAGCAGAAAUGCAGAUUAUGUACAGCAAGAUAGAGAAGCAGCUUCAGAAGGACCACGAAGUCUUGAAGCGACAGCUCCGUGAAAAUAACUUCCAGGUGACUCUUCCACACCAGGUGUCCUCUCCACCAGCAACGCCUCCCGCCAGGAACAACGGGAUGCCGAUGAUCACGAAUGUACGCUCGCUGUCUUCUGAGGGAGCAAGGACAAAGCGCACUUUGCCUUUGGAACCAAGCAGCUCAGAAGUGAAGAAGCCCAAGACGAAUGGCGUGCACAAUGGAGCAGUGAGUGCGGAGCCUGGCGACGUUGACAUGGAUCUUGUUAUCGUCGAAGAUAAGAGUACCCCGAAGCCAAAGACUGCGUUUGACCUCGCCAAGGUCAAAGUGGAGCGCCGGAGCAGCACGGAGCAGACGGGCAUGCGUAUGGAGUGCAGCAGUGACGCCGCCCCGGAGUCCCCCACUGAAACGCCAGCAGCCGCCCCCUCGACCUCCCCAGCCCCUCUCGGCGACAGGCAGUCUGCGGAAACCCAGACUGACGUCAAGCCCGUCUUGAAGCAGCCGGACCACCCCCCCGGGGGGGUGGCGGUCGCGGGGAAGCCGCAGGGGGAGGGGCCGGCGAGCGACUCGGUGGCGAGACUGCAGGGCGAGCUCGCGCGGGCCCAGGCGCAGCAGGACGAGCUGAUGGGACUGAUGCACACCACCGCCAAGGAGCGGGACGCCUACAAAGACGAGACCCACAAGCUGACCUGCCAGGUGGUGGAUUUAGAGAAGGAGGUGCAGGAGCUGACGCAGAAGCUCAUGAAGAAGGAGGUGUGCCAUCAGGCCACGGAGACUGACUGGCAGGGAGUGGGCGGGGGCGUGACGCCAGCACCCGGCUCCGAUUCGUGUCAGGCGGGCCUCGGGGAGCUGCAGAGGGACUAUGAGCAGCUCCAGAAGGAACUGCAGGAGCUCAGAAAGAAGUGGGACACCCUGCAGGCCACAAAAUCCGCUUGUAGUGACUGUUCAAGCCCAAAUGACGACGACCUGAUUCUGCAGGUGGAUUCCCUCCUCAGAGACCUGGACAGGUGUGGAGGAGAGAGAGACGAAUACAAGAGGAAGGUCGAGGUGCUGGAGACGGAGAAAGCCAGGAUCUUGUCGGAGCGUGAAGAGCUGAAGAAGGCCGUCGAUGACCUGACCUGUAAAAUGGAGAGACAGGCAGAGAACGGAGCCUGCAGUUCCAGCACGGAUGGAGAGCCAAGCCCAUCUGCAGAAGACAGCUGGAGACUUAGAUCUCUUCGGAUGAGCAUCGGAAAGCUGCUAGUGACCUUCGUCCCGGCUCUGGACCUGGAGCAAGUGAACUACGAGAGCGACGUCAUUGACGAGAUCUUGGAUCAGGUUCUGGAUCAAGUCACGUUGUGCAGCUCGACGUAGCUCUCUGCUGGUGCCGAUCACCCCCGGUCAGCCUUGUGCAAGGAAGCGGACAGCUUCGUUUCGAUUUGCUCUCUGUGGGGAGUUCUGUGCAUCCUGCUUUUACCUCAUUUUUUGACGUCUGAAUCAAGAACUCCGAAUGUGCAUUUUCUUACUAGGAAAAUAAUGGACGCUGUUAAUCAAAUUUUGGCAUCCUUCAUUUUAAGCUGUUAACAUUCAACCAGUCAGCUCUGAUGUUUUGUCAGCCUGGUAUUUCCAAGGUCUAAACACCAAUUCAUGCUUUCAAGUGUAGUUAUUAAAGACUCCUGACUUAAUCUUCA